CUCGUUAGAGACCCCAGGGAAGGGCUCUCAAGUGGCUCCACCUGCUCCAGAAGCUUCUCCUUAUAAGGCUGAGCCCAGGAAACUGCUUCCAGGAGUGGUCCUGAGGUCCUGGAGAAGGUCUGGAGCUGCUCUUUUUGGAGGCCUGCUCCUCCAGCCCUGCCCAUGGCGCUGCUGCAGCUGCUGCUGGUGCUGGCUGCUGCCAGCCUGGCAGUGCCCACCAGGGACUCCCUGCUCAACGUCUGCAUGGAUGCCAAGCACCACAAAACCCAGCCCGGCCCCGAGGGGGAGCUCCAUCGCCAGUGCUCCCCGUGGAAGGACAAUGCCUGCUGCACUGCCAACACCACUGCAGAGGCUCACAAGGACCAGUCCAACCUCUACCACUUCAACUGGAACCACUGUGGGGUGAUGCCCCCCAAGUGCAAGCGCCACUUCAUCCAGGACACCUGCCUCUAUGAGUGCUCCCCCAACCUGGGGCCCUGGAUUGACCAGGCUGACAGCAGCUGGCGCCGGGAGAGGAUCCUCCAUGUGCCACUCUGCCAGGAGGACUGCCACGAGUGGUGGGAGGACUGCAAGGACUUUGUCACCUGCAAGGAGGACUGGCACAAGGGCUGGAACUGGGCCACAGGCACCAACCGCUGCCCCUGGGGCACCACCUGCAGACCCUUCAGCGUGGUGUUCCCGCGGCCGCAGGACCUGUGCGAGAAGAUCUGGUCCCACUCGUACCGCUACAGCCGUGCCCGCAGGGGCAGCGGGCGCUGCAUCCAGCUCUGGUUCGACCCUGCCCGGGGCAACCCCAACGCCCUGGUGGCCAAGUACUACGCCUGGCAGCGCAGGGGCAGCGGGGGGAGGGCAGCUCCUGCCCCCGGCGGGGACGAGCAGCCGCCGCAGCCGGGCAGUGCCAGCGCUGCCCUCCCGCAGCCUUGGCUGCUCCUCUGGCAGCUCCUGCGCCUCGUGGGCAGCUUUUGAGAGCGGGGGGAGGGUCUGGGGGGGCAGAGAUGCUCCCCCUGAAGGGAUGCUGGGCUCGGGUUGAGCACUUUGGGGUCUCCCCUUCCCCCCCUCUAGUCGGGGCUCCUCUUCUUCCUCCCUCCUCUGGCCACGGCUUAUGUUUGGGGUCUCUCUCCCUCCCUUCUCUGCUGGGGGCUCCCUCCCCUCCCUCUCCCCCUCCUCGUUCUGUUGGGGGUGUCCCUCCCUUCCCCCUCCCCCCCGUUCUGUUGGGGGUCUCCCUCCCCUCCCUUCCCCCUGUGGUUCCCCUUUAGACUUUCCCCCCUCUGGCCAUGGCUCACUUCAGGUCUCCCUCCCUGCCUGUGACUCCCCCGUUUGGGGGUCUCCUCCUCCCCCUUCUGGCCAUGGCUGCCCCUUUUGGGGGUGUCCCCCUCCCUCCCAGCAGCUUUUGAGGCCCCGAAGGGUGCAGGUGACAAUAAAAUCCUCUUCUGAGCCAA